GGUUUUGCAAUCGGCCAGUGAAAGUCGGAUACUGCAGCCUCCAGAGCCCAACAUUACCUAUUGCGUGAGAGUUAACGGUACCUGUCACACGGAUAACAUGGGUGCGUCGCAGAGUGAGCCUGCGCAGGCGCCGGUUAACAAACAAGACUUGGUGGCCAGGAUCAAGGCUCGGCUGGCGACCUUCGACCCGAAGGUAGCCAAGGAACUCGGCGGUGUCUUCCUGUUUAACAUAAUCAAAGGCACUUCUGUACACAGUUGGACUCUAGACCUAAACAACGCACAAGUAUACGAAGGCGAACCAGAGGAGGACCCCGAUACCACUUUCACGUUAAACGAACAUUACUUCAAACAAAUGGUGUUGGGCAAAGAAGACGCCCGGACUAUUAUGCAAGCUGGCCGCUGCUCCGUAACUGGUGAUAUCAUGAGGGCGAUGAAGCUUGAACCUUACAUCAAACUGGAAUGACGCGGGUAGUCCUAUAGUCCUAUGAACCUUAUAUUAAUUUGGAAUAACGCCGGUAGUCCUAUAGUCCUAUGAACCUUAUAUCCAACUGGAAUAACGCCGGUAGUCCUAUGAACCUUAUAUCAAUUUGGAAUAACGCCGGUAGUCAUAUAGUCCUACGAACCUUAUAUCCAACUGGAAUAACGCCGGUAGUCCUAUGACCCUUAUAUCAAACUGGAAUAACGCCGGUAUUCCUAUGAACCUUAUAUCAAACUGAAAUAACGUCAGAAGUCCUAUGGGCCUGAUAGCAAACUAGAAUAACGUUAGGAUCACUAUAGUUAGCGUUGCCAUCCGUUUGAAUAAUUCCGGACAAUUUAGGCUUUUUCAUCUCUUGUCCGAGCCAAAUUGAACUUCGUUCGGCCUAUCCGGCUUUUUAGGCUUCUUUUCUUUUGACGGAAGCAAGCCGCACGCUUCACUCUACCCGAGUUCGCCCGUUCCUCCUUCCAUUUUUUCAGCGUCCGUCCGGCCGUUGCCGAUUUUAAGAGAGAGCAACGCUACCUGUAGUCCUGUAGAAUGAAUUGUUAUUAGAAGCCUAUAAAAUGUACUUGCUGGUCAUGGUAAGUCGAUCCACCCGUUGUUGAUUUAAAAAAAAUAACACAAAACGCUGUCUUUAAUAAUUUGUAUUAGUUUCAGUUAAGUAUUUAAUUAGGUAGUAAUAAGUGUUUUUGUUUUUAUUAUAAGAGAAAAAACUGGAUCAGUAUGGAAUUUUAAGGGCUAAAUUCACCUUAACUUAGUUUACUACAGUGCUACUGAAUUAUUAAUUAUGGAGUUAUGUGUUAAUUUUAAGUUAUUUCUGUGAUCACAAAAACUGGGAACAAUGAAAGUUUUAAUGAUAGUUCAAAAAGUAAUGUUUGCAGUUUCACUUGAUGUUUUAUAUUAUCGUUUUUUUUACUUUACUCAUAAAUGAAAUUGGUUAUUAUAAGCAAAAGAAUAUAAGUAUUAAAAAUCGGUCAAAAGUACAAAAAAAUCAUGUUUCUGAGACUAACAAUUUCUUGGAUACAGAAUAAGACAACACACACAACACAACAAGAAUUAAUAAACUGUUAAACAGAAUUUUAGAAAUGGAAAUACUCUUUUAUUAUCUGUACUAUAAAGAUUAAGAAACAAGUACUCGAUUCUUUAUUAAAUUGUAAAAUAAUUUAAUGUUCAACUUAUUUAUAUUAUUAAAUAAAACUAGUUUUUACGGGUUAAUGCACGAAACUUUAUUUAUUUAUUGAUGUUUCGC